GGUCGUUGUGGUUGUGUGACGUAAUGUUUUUCCUCCGUGAUUUGCGGGUGAGCUGAGAAAAUACCAUUUAUGGAACAUAAGUCAGAAUGAAUUGCCUAUAACCCAGAUGCGUUACAUUUCUUAUUGGUGAUGUAAUGCGUAAUUUGUUGUGUACGCGAAGGGUAUGCUUUGUGCUUUGAAGCUAUGAAUUGGUGAACCCAGGUUAAUUUUGACUGUUCCCAAAUUGAAGGUGAAGCAGCAGGUUUGGAGAAUAGGAGUGGUUGUGGCGUACAUGGGGAGAAAAGAGGGAAGUGUGCAAGAAAAAUUCUGCUGUGAUAUAUGUCUGCGAAAAAUUGUUUAUAGAAGUCACAGAGUGACACUUGUGCCUGAUGGAAAUUUGCCAUCUCUGUUUAUUUAACUUGUAACCUGUACGAGAAUUGGAACACAGGCUACAAGUAGGAAUAGGUAAAGAAAACAAUGGUGUGUUUAUGACAAUUGUACUGCCCUAAAUUCAUCUUCCAUUACUGUAAAUGUAUUAUUUGUUAAAUUAUUUAUAUAUGUGAUAUUUUAAAUUCUUGUAACUGAAAGGGCAGGAUUACAAUUUAUAUAUUGUAUCACCUUUCGAAUUAAGAAAAAAUUAAUUGUUAGGGUUAAUUAUGAGUUGUGAUCCCCCGACUACGAAAUGGGCAUGUGAAUAUUGCACCUAUGAGAACUGGCCAUCUUCUCUAAAGUGCACAAUGUGUCGAGGUUCAAAACCGUUACUUGGUGAGGAUAUCUAUAGAUUAUGUGACGAAUCGCCUCCUCCAUCAUUAAUUGCGGGUUCUGGUGGGCUUAAUUUGGCAUCUGGACCCUCUCAGCAUGAUGCGUCAAGGUCAGGAAGUAACGGGAAGUGGGAAUGCCGAGCUUGCACAUAUUUGAACUGGCCACGUGCGUCACAGUGUGCAGAAUGCUGUGCACUAAAACCAGCUGCUGUUACUGGUACAAAUCUCCAUGAACACCUACAACCACUUCAUAUUGGUCAGCAGAGUGAUACUGCUACUAUAACGACAGCUUCUGGUGGUCCCUUGCACAUCACAAGAUCUCCAUCUGCAGAUAAAAAUGAUUUGAAAGAUACUGAGAAUGAUCUGAGGGGGCGUAUAAUAGAGAAAGCUGUAAUAGCGAGACAGCAGACUAUAAAAUGGUUGUGUACUGUGUGUACUUAUGAGAACUGGCCAAAAGCAACCAAGUGCAUAAUGUGUAGUACUCCUUGUGCAAGCACCAAUGCCGCAGCUUCCACAACAAGGAACAAUGCAGCUUCAUCUUUUCGUGGCCAGGCAGUUAGCAGCGGUAAUGUACUUCCAUCGCCUGAACGAGAGAUGUCACUCCUGAAUAGUGCCCGAGGUGGUGGGGGCCAGGUGGCUGUGGUAGAUGACAAUUUUGCUGUAAGGAGCAGGUCAAAUUCCCGACGCUCGGAACGAAACCAGGCAUCAAGUGAUGUUCCCACUCCGGCCAAUUCUCCUAACAACUGUGAGUAUGAACGGCGUCUGAAGCAGAUCAGACAGCGAAUGCGUGAAGCUGACUGGAACUGGCUGAAUGCUUGUCUUGGUGUUGUGGAAGGUGAUCCUAAUCCUGUGGAGGCAUACCUAUCAUCAGGUGGUGAUCCAGCUCGGCAGCUCACUCCUAAUGAAGUCACACUUCUUAACCGCCCAUCAGCGUUUGACUCUGGUCACACACUUGUCCACUUAGCUAUUAGGUUCCAUCGUGAGGACAUGCUGGCUACAUUAUUGUCUCAGAUUGAAGGUUCUGGUUCAGGGGUGAAGAGGGUUCCUUCGUAUGUAGCUCCAGACCUAGCCGCAGACAUCAGGCGCCAUAUGGCAUCAACUGUCCGUCAGCGCAAAGGCUCCUUCCCCUGUCACUUCGUUACAGAGCUCACCACAUUCGCUCUGCCUGCAGAAGUGGAGGACCUGCCACCUCCAGUCCAGGAACAGUUGUUUGAAGAGCUGUUGGACAAGGAUGCUCAGCAGCAGUUGGAAUCGGAGCCACCAGUGCUCAACUGGUCGCUGGAGGUGACUGUCCGUCUUGGCUCCAGACUUUAUGCACUGUGGAACCGGUCAGCAGGCGACUGCCUUCUGGACUCUGCCAUGCAAGCAACUUGGGGAGUGUUUGACCGUGACAAUACCCUGAGGAGGGCCCUUGCUGAUAGCCUGCAUCAAGGUGGACAUGUGUUUUAUCCUCGCUGGAAGGAAUACGAGGCAAUCCAAGCCCAGCUGCUUGAGUUCAGUCUUGAGGAGGGGCAGUGGGAAGAGGACUGGGCUGGACUUCUCUCUCUUGCCAGUCAGCCAGGAUCCAGUCUUGAACAGCUCCAUGUGUUUGCCCUUGCACACAUUCUGCGUCGACCUAUUAUAGUUUAUGGGGUCAAGUAUGUUAAGAGCUUCCGUGGAGAGGCCAUAGGCUAUGCCAGGUUUGAAGGAGUGUAUCUUCCAUUACUCUGGGAGCAAAGUUUUUGUGUGCGGUCACCCCUGGCUUUGGGAUACACCCGAGGCCAUUUCUCUGCUCUAGUUCCUAUGGAACCUUACAGUAGGUUGGAAAGAGGGGGUGCAGGUGGUGCGAACAAUUUGGGCCCAGACGAGCUGCAGGUCACAUUCUUGCCACUUAUGGACCAUGAUCACAAACUUUUGCCUGUACACUUCCUCACACAAACUGAGCUGGGAAGGGAAGAGAGUAUCCUCCGGCAGUGGCUGGAUGUUUGUGUUGCUGAAGGAGGCAUCCUGGUAGCUCAGCAGAGACUUCACAAACGGCCACUUCUGGUCGCUCAGAUGGUGGAGGAGUGGUUGAAUCACUAUCGUAGGCUUGCGCAGAUGACAAGUGCCCCAUUUACCCGCCCAGCACCAAUCCAGGAUUAUUCCAGUGAUGGAGGAGACACUGACGAUGAAUAGCAAAUCCUUGAAGCUUCCUUGACCCCUUUGAAUACAAGAAACAAAUCCCAGUAAAUGUCCAAGAAUCAAAAGGAGAGGAAGAUAUGUGUGAGAAGAAAACAGGGCAAUGAACACAGCAGCUAAUUUUAUUUUACAGAUUGCUUACAGCCAUCCUUUGCAGUAGGCUGUAGUGCUCUUGUGUUCUGAAUGAAAAAUGGUGUUUCAGCUCUUCUCAUAAUUGUGAAAGUUAAUCUUCUCAUUCUUUCUAUUUAUAUUUAAAUUAAGUUUUGUUGUCACGUGACAUUAAACAGAGAUGUGAUGCAUACUGUAAUCAGAGCAUAUAGUGUGAUUAGAUAAUGCUAGCAGAUUUUUAUUUUUCACUGUUUAUACUUUCCCUCUUAGAAGGAAUGCACUUUGAGAGCACUGAAGGUUUGCCAUCAGGAGAGAUACAUCUAGAGUCUGUUUUAUUCUCCCCCUGCAUCAUAAUGUUUUUUCAAGUUUUUAACUGGUUACUCUUGGCAGCAACAUGCGUGUCAGUCUGUGUAGUACCUUAUUAGUGAGUAUACAAUUUUUUAAUGUUACUUUUUGCCCGAAAUAACAGAUGAAAUUAAUCUUGAGCUAGUCCAGUGAGUUACAUUUUUUUUCUUUUUACCAGAGUUUUUGGUAAGAUUAUAGGAUAUACUUACUAUAUGGCAAGAUUUAAUGAAUAAACUGUAUUUAUGUAU